UUUCAGUCACAGACGGAAGUGAAAGCAGAGUGGUGGUCUCUGCUGAUGAAGAUGAUGAUGAUGAUGAUGUUUAAAUAAAGCCCCCCCACCUCUCACCCCUCAGUGUGUGUUCAGUCAUGGUCGCUCUCUCAUGGAUCCUCGCUCUCCUCUAUGCGACAGGAAGUCACCAGGCCACAGCGUCACCUGACCCUCGCUCAGGUGUGGAGGUGUGUGUGGGUCACAACGUCGUGCUCACCUGUAACCUGAGCUCGGGCGUCGACGUCACCUGGUGGGUGGUGCCUUCAGGCUCCCAGCUGCUGCAGCCGCUGCUCACGCUGGUGGAGAGCAAAGUGGGCGGGACUGUGGUCCAGUUUCACACCAACGACAGUCACGUGAACGCCAGUGUGGAGGCGGAGUCUGUGCAGCUGCAGGUGUCGGGGGUGCGUGAGGAGGACAUGGGCGUGUAUUUCUGCACCGGUCGCUGUGGAGGGUCAGUGUGUUUCCACACACACUUCCUGACUGUCACAGGGACUGAUGUGACGUCACCCACAGGAGAAAUGAGUCGGCCAUGUUGGAGCGCGGGAAUCUGCGUUCUUCCUGCUUCACUUGUCCUCAUUUUCUUUGUCUUCUUUGGCCUUUACCUGUGGACAGGUAAAUCAGGAAUGUGCAGGUGUGGCUUAGCGAGGGUCACAGAGGACGCGUCCCUACAUUACUCCAGUCUGAGACACCUACACCAGCCCCGCCCCUUGGUCCGAGGGCAGACUCACCUGGUCGCAGAGGAUGUCGUUUACUCGACGGUGAACGGUGGAAAAAACGUGAUGGCAUGACGUUUGGCUGCCACCUGCUGGUGACAGAGUGAAUGACACCAUGGUUCAGGCUGUAGUGACUUCUGGUGGUGAGAGUCAUAACAACAAAUGUAGUUAAUCAUAAAAUGUGGAACUAAAAUAUUAAUAAAUGUUGUGACGUCA